ACAUAUAUAUACACACUCCCUGUUUCUCUCUACAUAUACACAGCACCCAUUUUCUCUCUCUAUAUCGCCUUCUCUCCGCCGCUCGUCCUCUCUCUCUCUCCUCGCCACAAUGCCGUCGUCGAAGAAGUCGAAGAGGAGAGAAGAUCCUAACAAUGAAGCUCGCUCUGGCUCUCCACAAUCGCCUCCGACGAAGAAGCCUAACAGACAUCUCAAAGAAGAAGAGGAAGAACAGGACGAUGCUCGCUUCAUCGGUGAACCGGUUCCCGACGACGAAGCUAGGCAGCGUUGGCCUCAUCGUUACAUGGAGAAGAGCAAGGGGAAGGAAGUUGGUGCAUCAAAAGGCUCAAAGUCUAAUGAUGACUCAGAUGAGAUUAUUCAAGCUAGAAGCCAUUACCUAAAGGGAGAGGUUGAUGGUCGUGUAAUUUUCAACCUUGAUGAUGAUGCCCAUGUAAAAGGUGAAGAGGGACAAGAUGAUUACAUCUGCAAGAUUGUGGAAAUUUUUGAGGGAACAGAUGGUCUUCCUUAUUUUUCUGCUCAGUGGUAUUACAGAGCUAAGGAUACAGUUAUUAAGAGCAGUUCUAACCUUAUUGAUAAUAAGCGUGUAUUCUUUUCUGAAGUCAAGGAUGAUAACCCUCUAAAUUGUCUUGUUGAGAGGCUCAAAAUUGUCCGACUGCCCUUAAAUCAGGUGGAUUUGUCUGUCAAGGAUGCAGCAAUUUUGAAUUGUGACUAUUACUGUGAUAUGAUGUAUCUACUGCCAUAUUCCUCAUUUUUGAGCCUGCCACUUGAUAAUAUGGGAGCUGGUAGUGAAUCAGAUUCCACAAUCUCAAGUGAGACUGAUCUUGCUGGACCAGUUGGUGGUAUCAAGUUUGAUACUGAAGAGGUUUCACUAGCUGAGGAGCACAAGAAGGUAGAGAUGACCCUUCUGGAUCUCUACUCCGGCUGUGGUGCAAUGUCAACAGGUCUUUGCCUUGGCUCCAACAUGUCUGGUGUUAACCUUGUUUCUAAAUGGGCUGUUGACCUAAAUGGAUACGCCUGUGAAAGCCUGAAAUACAAUCAUCCUGAGUCUAAGGUGAGAAAUGAAUCUGCAGAAGAUUUUCUGUCUUUGCUAAAGGAGUGGCAGAAACUUUGUAUCUCCUUCUCUUUGAUAGGAAGUAAGGAUUCACAAGAACACUAUCUAGUAGAUAUUUUAAAGACAGAAGAUGAUGAAGAUCAAGAUGAUGAAAGUGACGGUGAUGAUGGAGAAGAUGAUUCUGAAGUAUUUGAAGUUGACAAGAUUUUAUCCAUUUGUUAUGGUGACCCAAAAGAGAAUGAAAAGCGAGGAUUGUAUUUGAAGAUUCGGUGGAAGGGUUAUGGCCCAGAUGAAGACACCUGGGAGCCUAUUGAUGGUUUGAGUGAUUGUCGAGAUCGGAUAAAGGAAUUUGUCACAAAUGGGUAUAAAUCAAAGGUUCUUCCUUUGCCGGGUGAUGUUGAUGUUAUUUGCGGUGGUCCUCCGUGUCAAGGCAUAAGUGGAUUCAAUCGCUUUAGAAAUAAAGAGAAUCCAUUAGAAGAUCCAAAAAACAAACAACUUGUUGUUUUUAUGGAUAUUGUAGAUUAUUUAAAGCCAAGGUUUGUAUUAAUGGAAAAUGUUGUUGACCUUGUAAAGUUUGCUAGUGGGUUUCUUGGAAGGUAUGCUUUAGGUCGCCUUGUUGGAAUGAACUAUCAAACACGGAUGGGCAUGAUGGCAGCUGGUGCCUAUGGCCUACCUCAAUUUCGCAUGCGUGUGUUCUUGUGGGGUGCUCGUCCUUUAGAGAAGUUGCCUCAAUACCCCUUACCCACUCACAAUGUUGUUUUGAGGGGUGUUAUUCCUACUGAAUUUGAGUUGAACACUGUUGCUUAUGAUGAAGGUCGAAAAGUUGAACUAGAGAGGGAGCUUUUUCUUGAAGAUGCAAUUUCUGAUCUCCCUCCUGUUAAAAAUGAUGAAGGAAGAGAUGAAAUGCCAUAUGGAAGUGAGCCAAAGACCGAAUUUCAACAAUUCAUUAGAUUAAGGAAGGAUGAGUUGUUGAGUUGUUCAGCAUUGGGGUCAAAAGCAUCAAAACAAGUUCUCUAUGAUCAUCGUCCUCUACAAUUGAAUGAGGAUGAUUACCAGCGUGUCUGUCAAAUUCCUAUGAGAAAGGGUGCAAACUUUAGACAUUUGAAAGGUGUUAGGGUUCGUGGUGAUAACAAAGUUGAAUGGGAUCCAGAUGUUGAAAGGGUGUACCUGCCUUCAGGAAAGCCUUUGGUUCCUGAUUAUGCAAUGAGUUUUGUGGGAGGGUCCUCAUCUAAACCAUUUGGCCGGUUAUGGUGGGAUGAGACGGUGCCAACAGUAGUUACCAGAGCAGAACCCCACAAUCAGACCAUAUUGCAUCCUCUACAAGAGCGAGUCUUGACAAUUCGUGAAAAUGCGAGACUACAAGGUUUUCCAGACUACUACAAGCUUUUUGGCCCGAUCAAAGAGAGAUACAUCCAAGUUGGGAAUGCAGUUGCCGUUCCAGUUGCUCGAGCCUUGGGUUAUGGACUAGGCUUGGCAUUUCAAGGCACGUGCAGUGAAGAACCUCUGUUCACUUUGCCAAAUAAAUUCCCUAACAUUCUUGAGGACCUUUCUCCAGCUGCAAUGGAAGAUCAUGCUUAGUUGUUGUGUACUAAAAUAAAUUUUAAUUUGUUUCAUUGCAACCAUUCCUCCCAAAAUGAGGAAAAAAAAAUACAUUUUAUUUAGCUGUAUCACAUGUAACUUAUUUUUAUGAAUUCGGUAAUUUGAUUCUUCCCCACUGAACAAUAUAAUGGGUGAGUCUACUGAUCUAUGAUUUUCUUUUGAACUUGUGCUA